AUGACCGCAAUGGACGUGGAGAAGAAGAGCAAGAAGAAGAAGCUCAAGGCCGCGUCAGCACUCGUUGUCCACGACAGCAACGACCUCAUUGCGCCCGAGAGUCACACGCCUGCGCUGGACACGAGCAAGUGGCCGCUCUUGCUCAAGAACUACCACCAGCUCAAUGUCCGCACGGGGCACUACACGCCCAUUCCGUGCAGCUCGAGUCCCCUCAAGCGCAACAUUAGCGACUACGUCCGCUACGGCGUGAUCAACCUCGACAAGCCCGCGAACCCGUCGUCGCACGAGGUCGUUGCGUGGAUCCGCCGCAUCCUGCGCGUGGACAAGACGGGGCACUCUGGCACCUUGGACCCCAAGGUCACUGGCUGUCUCAUUGUGUGCGUGGACCGCGCCACGCGGCUUGUAAAGGCACAACAAGGAGCUGGAAAAGAGUACGUGGCGGUCGUGCGGCUGCACAGUGCGAUUGAGAGUCAAGCGAAGCUGGCACGGGCCAUUGAGACGCUAACGGGCGCGCUGUUCCAACGUCCGCCGCUGAUCUCGGCUGUCAAGCGCCAGCUGCGAAUCCGGACGAUCUACUCGUCGAAGCUGAUUGAGUACGAUGAAGACCGACACUUGGGUGUGUUUCACGUGAGCUGCGAAGCCGGCACGUAUAUUCGUACGCUGUGUGUGCACUUGGGACUCGUGCUUGGCGUGGGCGGUCACAUGCAGGAAUUGCGUCGCGUGCGCUCGGGUGUGCUGGGCGAAAACGACUCGUUGGUGACGAUGCACGAUGUGCUGGAUGCUCAGUAUCAGUACGACACGUACAAGGACGAGUCGUACUUGCGUCGCAUUGUGCGUCCGCUUGAAGUACUGCUCACGACGUACAAGCGCAUUGUCGUGAAGGACAGUUCCGUCAACGCUAUCUGCUACGGAGCGAAGUUUAUGAUUCCGGGCCUUUUGCGGUUUGCCGACGAUAUCGAUGUGGGCGAAGAGGUCGUGCUGAUGACGACGAAAGGAGAGGCGAUUGCGGUUGCUAUUGCUCAGAUGACAACAGCGGUGAUGGCCACGUGUGAUCAUGGGGUAGUUGCCAAGAUCAAGCGCGUCAUUAUGGAGCGUGACACGUACCCUCGUCGUUGGGGGUUGGGACCUAUGGCUCAGAAGGUCAAAAGUUUGGUCAAGGAGGGCAAGAUCGGCAAGUUUGGCAAGGUGAACGAGAGCACCCCGGCUGAUGUAUCGGAACUGUACAGCAAGGACGAUGCAAAGAGGCCUCUGGUAGUGGAGGUGACGGAGGAGAAGGUUGAGGCGCUGGGAGAAGAUGAGGCCCCGAAGAAAAAGCACAAAAAGGAGAAGAAGGAGAAGAAGGAGAAGAAACACAAGAACAAGCGUGACGCCGAGGUGGCAGAUGUAAUGGAGGUGGGUGAGUCUCCGGAGAAGAAGAAGUCGAAGAAAAAGUCGAAAAGGAAGUCAAAGGAGGCAACAAGCGACUCGGAAUAG